UUUUUUUUUCUUUUUUCUUUUCGCUGUUCUUUUUUUUUCUUCUUUAUCUAGUUGACAAGAUGGAAAAGUACAAGGAUUGGACGAAAGAACAACUAUUAUCACAUAUUGAAAAGUUGGAACAACAAAGUGAAAAUAAACUAAGCAACAAUAAAUCAACAAAGAAACACAAGAAACAACAACGACCAUUUGACAUGACCAAAUAUCGACAACGACGUAUUGCCCUCAAAGUGGCCUAUCUUGGUUGGAAAUACGCAGGAUUUGCUGCUCAAGGGGAUGAAGUCAAUAUACCUACUGUUGAAGGACCUAUUUUUUAUGCUUUGGAACAUUGUAGACUCAUUGUUGAUAGGGACUCUUGUGAUUAUACACGGUGUGGACGAACAGAUCGUGGCGUCAGUGGACUAGGGCAAGUGAUCAUAUUGAAUGUUCGUUCCAAGCAACUCUCACAACAAAAAAAAGAGGAGGAGGAUGAUGAUUUUUUACCUGUGGAAGAAGAGUUACCUUAUGUGGACAUGUUGAAUGGAGCAUUACCUGAUGAUAUUCAUAUCCUGGCCUGGGCACCUGUGGCAUCUCAACUCAACGCUCGCUUUGAUUGUCGAUCUCGAACGUAUCGCUACCUCUUCCGAAAAGAACAACUGGAUCUUCAUUUGAUGCAACAAGCAGCUCAAGAUUUUGUCGGCACUCAUGAUUUCCGCAACUUUUGUAAAUUGGAUCCAUCAAAGAAUAUCACGGAUUAUCAUCGAUGUAUUCUUCGCUGCACCCUCCUUCCAACAUCAUUAGACGAUGUCAAAGAAAAAGAUAUGGUUCAAUUGGAAUUACAAGGUACGGCAUUCUUGUGGCAUCAAGUACGGUGUAUGAUGUCUGUAUUGUUUCUGAUUGGGCAGCAUUUGGAACCACCCACGAUCAUCAAGGAUUUGAUGGAUAUCUCACGAUACCCUGGACGACCGGAAUACCCCAUGGCAAGUGAUCUUCCUUUGAUUCUGUACGACUGUGCCUUUGACUCGAUAGUAUGGCAUUACGCACCCUCAGCAUCGUAUCGUGUUGCUACCCAUUGGGAUCAAAUGGCUUAUGCUCAACAAGUUCGUGCCUUGACCUGUGAAUUAUUCUCUCAACAGACCGCUUGCGAUCCUAUUCAAGAUGGAAAACACAAAGUUGUCUUGGGUGCUGGUUUGUCUUCUUCAAUGCAACAUUAUAAACCUCUGGCCCUCCGUCCAUGCUGUGAUACUGACGAACGCAAAAAAGAAAAAUUCUCAGCGAAGAAAAGGAAACGCGCUAUACUCGAUGAUCAAUGAUAUAUUUUUAUUGGAUAGUAUAGUUUUUUGUAUAUAGUUGUAUUUAAUAUGAAAUAAACAGAUCUGAUUUUUUUUUUA